AGUUCAGUUGCGUCUCAGUAGGUUUUGUUCAGACUGCAGAAUCUUCAUCUUCAACUCUUUGGACUGUUUGAACAAACUAUGAAGGCAGGAAGUGUGUGAAGGCAGCAGCAUGGAUCAGUGUGAGGACGAGAGAGUUCCUCCGGAACAGAGGAGAAGACGAGGAGCUCAGAGCAGUCAGCUUCAAACACAUGACGAUGUGACGUCUGAGGACCAGGAUGACUCCAGGGAAGAGAUGACCUCCGGGAGUGACAGCUAUACUGAGGUAAAAUUCUGGUUGAAGGGCACUUUGGAGGAUUUGGACUCCAGUAGGCUGAAGUUAUUCCAGUGGUACCUGGUGAAUGCAGAUGAAUCAAAGCAUGGUUUCAAACCGAUCAAACUGAGUCAUCUGGAGAAUGCGACCAGAUUGAAGACAGUAGAUCUGAUGAUGGAGAGGUUCUCCUCAACGACCAGAGAGGUGGCCAAGACGAUUUUAAAGAUGAUGAAAAGUGAUAAAGAAAAACCUGUUGUCCAGGACGAUCCAGCUGGUGCAACAGAUAUGUUAAAGUCUAAGCUGAAGGAGAAGUACCAGCAUGUGUCUGAGGGGAUUGCUAAAGCAGGAGAGACAACCCUUCUGGAGCAGAUCUACACGGAGCUCUACAUCACAGAGGGAGGGACCGGAGAGGUCAACCAUGAACAUGAAGUCAGACAGAUUGAAGUAGCUUCCAGGAAACCACACAGAGCAGAAACAACCAUCAGACAGGAAGACAUCUUUAAACCCCCACCUGGAAGAGAUAAACCAAUCAGAACAGUGAUGACGAAGGGAGUGGCCGGCAUCGGGAAAACAGUCCUAACACAGAAGUUCAGUCUGGACUGGGCUGAAGGCAGAACCAACCAGGACAUCCAGUUCCUGCUUCCAUUCACCUUCAGAGAGCUGAAUGUGCUGAGAGAGGAGAAGUUCAGCUUGGUGGAACUAGUUCAUCUGUUCUUCUCUGAAACCAAAGGAAUCUGCAGCUUUGAAGAGUUCCAGGUCACGUUCAUCUUUGACGGUCUGGAUGAGUAUCGCCUUCCUCUGGACUUCCACAACUCUACAUUCCUCAAUGACCCCAGAAGGUCCACCUCAGUGGAUGUGCUGCUGACAAACCUCAUCAGGGGGAAACUGCUUCCUUCUGCUCGUCUCUGGAUCACCACACGACCCGCAGCAGCCAGUCAGAUCCCUCCUGAGUGUGUCUCCAUGGUGACGGAGGUCAGAGGGUUCAAUAACCGACAGAAGGAGGAAUACUUCAGGAAGAGGUUCAGAGAAGAGAAGCAGACCAGCAGGAUCAUCUCCCACAUCAAGACAUCACGGAGCCUCCACAUCAUGUGCCACAUCCCAGUAUUCUGCUGGAUCACGGCUUCGGUCCUGGAGAAAGUCCUGGAAACCAGAGAGGGAGGGGGGCUGCCCAAGACCCUGACUGAGAUGUACAUCCACUUCCUGGUGGUCCAGGCCAAACUGAAGAAGGUCAAGUUUGACAGAGGAGCUGCAACGAAUCCACACUGGAGUGAAGAUACCAGUAAGAUGGUGGAGUCUCUGGGAAAACUGGCUUUUGAGCAGCUGCAGAAAGGAAACCUGAUCUUCUAUGAACGAGACCUGAGAGGGUGUGGCAUCGAUGUCAGAGAGGCUUCAGUGUACUCAGGAGUGUUCACCCAGAUCUUUAGAGAGGAGAGCAGCCUGUACCAGGACCAGGUCUUCUGCUUCAUCCAUCUGAGUGUUCAGGAGUUUCUGGCUGCUCUUCAUGUCCGUCAGACCUUCAUCAGCUCUGGAGUCAACCUGCUGGAGGAAGAGAAGAACACAGAGACUGACUUUUAUCAGAGUGCUGUGGACAAGGCCAUACAGAGUCCCAACGGACACCUGGACUUGUUCCUCCGCUUCCUCCUGGGUCUUUCACUGGAGACCAAUCAGAACCUCCUACGAGGUCUGUUGGAACCAGAACAAAGAAGUUCACAGAACAAUCAGGAAACAGUUGAAUACAUCAAGAAGAAGAUCAGUAAGGAUCUGUCUGCAGAGAGAAGCAUCAACCUGUUCCACUGUCUGAAUGAACUGAAUGAUGGGUCUCUGGUGGAGGACGUCCAACAGUACCUGGGGUCUGGACGUCUCUCCACAGAUAAACUGUCUCCUGCUCAGUGGUCGGCUCUGGUCUUCAUCUUAAUGUCAUCAGGAGAUCUGGAGGAGUUUAACCUGAGGAAGUUCACAGGUUCAGAGGAGGCUCUACGGAGGCUGCUGCCGGUGGUCAAAGCCUCCAAGAAAGCUGAGUUGGGUUUCUGUAACCUCUCAGGGAACAUCUGUCCACUUCUGUCCUCAGUUCUCAGCUCUGAGUCCUCCAGUCUGACAGAACUGGACCUGAGUGAAAACCCCCUGCAGGAUUCUGGACUGGAGCAGCUGUGUCCUGGACUGGAGAGUCCACACUGUCACCUGGAGUCUCUCAGGUUGGUGUUAUGCGGUCUGUCAGAGAUCAGCUGUUCUUCUCUGGUCUCAGCUCUGAAGUCCAACCCCUCCCAUCUGAAACAUCUGGACCUGAGUCACAACAAGAACCUGCAGGAUUCAGGAGUGAAACAUCUGAGUGGAUUUCUGGAGAGUCCAGACUGCAGACUGGAGGAUCUGAGGUUGUGGAGCUGCGGUCUGUCAGAGAUCAGCUGUUCUUCUCUGGGCCCAGCUCUGAAGUCCAACCCCUCCCAUCUGAAACAUCUGAACCUGGGUUGUAACGAGAACCUGCAGGAUUCAGGAGUGAAACAUCUGAGUGGUUUCCUGGAGAGUCCAGACUGCAGACUGGAGUAUCUGAGGUUGAGGUGGUGCGGUCUGUCAGAGAUCAGCUGUUCUUCUCUGGUCUCAGCUCUGAAGUCCAACCCCUCCCAUCUGAAACAUCUGGACCUGAGUGUGAACGAGGACCUGCAGGAUUCAGGAGUGAAACAUCUGUGUGGAUUUCUGGAGAGUCCAGACUGCAGACUGGAGAAACUGGAGUUGAUGUACUGUGGUCUGUCAGAGAUCAGCUGUUCUUCUCUGGUCCCAGCUCUGAAGUCCAACCCCUCCCAUCUGAAACUUCUCGACCUGGAUAACAACAAGCUGCAGGAUUCAGGAGUGAAACAUCUGAGUGGAUUUCUGGAGAGUCCAGACUGCAGACUGGAGACUCUGAGGUUGAGGAGCUGCGGUCUGUCAGAGAUCAGCUGUUCUUCUCUGGUCCCAGCUCUGAAGUCCAACCCCUCCCAUCUGAAACAUCUGAACCUGGGUGGGAACAAGAACCUGCAGGAUUCAGGAGUGAAACAUCUGUGUGGAUUUCUGGAGAUUCCAGACUGCAGACUGGAGACUCUGAGGUUGGAGAGGUGCGGUCUGUCAGAGAUCAGCUGUUCUUCUCUGGUCUCAGCUCUGAAGUCCAACCCCUCCCAUCUGAAACAUCUGGACCUGAGUGGGAACAAGAACCUGCAGGAUUCAGGAGUGAAACAUCUGAGUGGAUUUCUGGAGAGUCCAGACUGCAGACUGGAGGAUCUGAGGUUGUAUGACUGCGGUCUGUCAGGGAUAAGCUGUUCUUCUCUGGUCUCAGCUCUGAAGUCCAACCCCUCCCACCUGAAACAUCUGUGCCUGAGUUUGAAAGGCCUGAAGGAUCCAGAUGUGAAGCAGCUUUCUGAUCUGGUGGAGAGUCCAGACUACCAGCUGCAGGAUCUCAGCUGGAUAUGAUGAGAGUGUCCAGGACGGACGAGUCGUGUCCUGAUCAUCCUCAGAGUUGAAGCAGCACCAGUUUGUGUGGACAGACUCUGACUGGACCGUGAUGAAGAUGCAGAUGAUGAUGAUAAUGAUGAUGAUGAUGAUGAUGAUGAUGAUGAUGAUGAAGAUGUACAUAGUUUCUGAAUUCCAGAGUUUUACAAACUCCUCAUAUAUUCAUUUAUUUCAUGUUGAGUCAAAAAGUCAUAAUUUUUAUUAUAUUAGUGUAAAAAAAACAGUACAUCAAAAUGUAGCUUUUAAUUAGGGCCCAAGCACUUACAAUGCGCAGGCCCGUAUUGUAUCUGUAGGAUUUUUUUUUCUUUUUCUUUCUUCUUUAUUUUUCCGACUAAAUGAGGGCCUUUUUUCCCCCUAAACGUGCCCCAAUGUCACCAAAUUGUGCACCAAGCCAGGCCUGGUGAAAAAUGUGAUAUGUAAUGGUUUACAUUAAUGGGCGUGGCCUAACGGCUCAACAGCGCCCCCUAGAAAACUUUGUGCCUCAAGCCCUACAAUACGGUUUGACGUACAUGCACGAAAAUCGGUACACACCUGUAUCAUGGCACAACUUAAAGAAAAGUCUCUUGGCGCCAUGGCCGAAACCCAACAGGAAGUCUGCAAUUUUCAAUUAAUCGUGUAAUUUUGGCGCAAUUUAUGCCAUUCUUUCGGCAGUUAAUGCGGCCCGAAGCCUACUAUGAUUGUAGUGAUGGAUAAAAGUCUAUGCUGCCGCCUUUCAUUCCAAGUUUUCCUUUUGUUGUUUCUCUACGUGUCACUGAUGAAGAGAGACAGUCAAGAGAUCCAUGGAAAUAACAGCGUUUGUUCAUUAAAACACGAAGCACAAAUGAACUUGACUUGGUCAAUGAAUGUUCCUCAGAGUUUGUUCCAGUAAAUAUUGUUUUUUUUGGAUAUUAUGAUUGUUAACACUUCAAAGAAAAUGUAAAUUCUUCAGUAAAACUUGGAUCUUUUCUCUUGUCCAGUUUACUGUGGUUAAUAAGUGUUUGUCUGUGAUUAGUCUCAGUACCAAGAGCAGCACCGACCAUCACAAGGCACUUUUUACUCUCUUGUUCACCAUCGGCACAAAUCUGACUUUUAUUUCAUAAGAGAGAUCAUUUCACACUCUCUUUCUUUUAUUUAUUAUAAUACUGAGAUAGAUUACAC